GUUGCGCCGCUACCCGCGGGAUUUGAAUCGGCGGCAGCGUCAUGGGGGCUCAGUCGUUGCCACCAGCCUGGCAGCUCUAUCUCAAGGACCACCGCGCCUCAACGUUCAAGAACUGGCCCUUCCUGGAGGGCUGCGCCUGCACUCCGGAGCGAAUGGCCGAGGCUGGCUUCAUCCAUUGCCCCACUGAAAACGAGCCCGACUUGGCCCAGUGUUUCUUCUGCUUCAAGGAGCUGGAAGGCUGGGAGCCAAGUGACAACCCCAUAGAGGAACAUAAAAAGCAUUCAUCUGGGUGUGCGUUCCUUUCUGUCAAGAAGCGUCUUGAAGAAUUAACCCUCAGUGAAUUUUUGAAACUGGACAAAGAAAGAACCAAGAACAAAAUUGCAAAGGAAACCAACAGCAAGCAGAAAGAAUUCGAAGAAACUGCCAAGAAAGUCCGGCGUGCUAUGGAGCAGCUGGCUACCUUGGAGUGAACCGGCCGCGGCCCCUGGCCCACAGCGACGUGCCUUUCCCACGUGCUCCCUGCGUUGCUGCCUUUCCGUGGGGCCCUCAGCAGGACCUAGGAAGGAGAACGCCAACGUUUAGCCUGAGUCUUGUUUUCUCCCCAAGCGGUGUCAGCGCCCCUCCGCCUGCACAGUGGUGCUGUGCCCCUCUCCCUCGUAGGGGCCUGGGCUCUGUGGAGCCCCGGCCUGGAGCUGAGAGCAGGGAGGGCCGUCCCUGUGACUCGGCUGACGGCGGUGAGGAGGCACCUGCCGCGGAAGGAGCGGCUGGUCUUGGUGUUUCCCCUGGGCUUCUCCCAACUCGCCUGCCUUCCAGCGUGACGCCUCCUACAGGGUGAUGGAAUAAAUUAAUUUUAA